AGGAAACACAUUUAAAUGCACUGUGGGAGUGUUCCCGAGUGUGCAGUCCUGGAUUCAACAGUGGAGAGACAGAAGCAUCCCUUCAACAGGGAAACUACAAGUCGUUUUUAUUCACAGAACCGCGUCCAACAAACGAAGACAAAGCUUGAGCCAUGUGUGGGAUCUUUGCUUACCUGAACUACCAAGUGCCUCGCACCAGAAAGGAGAUAUUUGAGACGCUGGUGAAGGGACUGCAGAGACUGGAGUACAGAGGGUACGAUUCAGCAGGUAUUGCUGUGGAUGGCCCUAACAAGACAACCACUGACAUCAACGGCAACACCAUCUGUUUGAUCAAGAAGACGGGAAAGGUCAAAGCUCUGGACGAGGAGCUGUACAAGAAAGACACAUUGGACCUUGAUGAAAAGCUGAACACACACUUCGGCCUCGCUCACACUCGCUGGGCGACACACGGGGAGCCGAGCGCUCUCAACAGCCACCCUCAUCGCUCUGACAAGGACAACGAGUUUGUCGUCAUUCACAAUGGCAUCAUCACCAACUACAAAGAGCUGAAGAAGUACCUGAUCAACAAAGGAUAUGAGUUUGAGUCAGAGACGGACACAGAGGUGAUCCCAAAACUGAUCAAAUAUGUUUAUGACAACAGAGAGAAUGACAGCAUCACCUUCUCCACGCUGGUCGAGAGAGUCAUUCAACAGCUGGAGGGGGCCUUUGCUCUGGUGUUUAAAAGUCGUCAUUACCCCGGAGAGGCUGUGUCCACCAGGAGAGGAAGUCCGUUGCUCAUUGGUGUGCGAAGCGAGCACGAGCUGUCGACUGAGCACAUCCCCGUCCAGUACAACAGUGGUCACUUCAAGGAGGAAGUCCAAGAGAAGAACAGUCACAACCGGCCGGACUGCUCCAAUGCCAUCAACUCUGUGGGGAAUGGAAAGGCUGUGGAGUAUUACUUUGCAUCUGACGCAAGUGCCAUCAUUGAGCACACUAACAAAGUGUUGUACCUGGAGGAUGAUGACGUUGCUGUAGUGACCAAAGGGGAGCUCUCCAUUCACAGAGUGAACCGGCAGGCCGGCGAAGAUCCAGUGAGAGCAAUUCAGACCCUUCAGAUGGAGUUGCAGCAGAUCAUGAAAGGGAAUUUUGAUGCCUUCAUGCAGAAGGAGAUCUUUGAGCAGCCGGAGUCCGUGGUCAACACCAUGAGAGGCCGAAUUUGUUUUGACUCCAACAAAGUGGUUCUUGGAGGGUUGAAGGACCACCUCAAAGAAAUUAAACGUUGCAGACGGCUAAUCAUGAUUGGUUGUGGCACUAGUUUCCAUGCUGCAGUGGCUACCCGACAGAUCCUUGAGGAGCUGACGGAGCUGCCUGUCAUGGUGGAGCUGGCAAGCGACUUCCUGGACCGCAACACGCCUGUUUUCAGAGACGAUGUUAGCUUCUUUAUCAGCCAGUCAGGAGAGACAGCAGACACUUUGAUGGCACUGCGCUACUGCAAAAACCGUGGCGCUCUAACAGUUGGUAUAACCAACACUGUGGGCAGCACCAUUUGCAGAGAAACCGACUGUGGAGUCCACAUCAACGCUGGGCCAGAGAUAGGAGUGGCUAGCACCAAGGCUUACACCAGUCAGUUCGUGGCUCUCAUCAUGUUCGGCCUGAUGAUGAGUGAGGACAGACUCUCCCUGCAGGAGAGAAGACUGGAGAUCAUCAAAGGCCUCAAUGUGCUACCUGAACUGAUAAAGCAGGUGCUGUCUCUGGACUUGAAGAUUAAGGCCAUUGCCAACGAACUGUAUCAACAAAGAUCCCUUCUGGUUAUGGGCCGAGGCUUCAACUAUGCCACUUGCUUAGAGGGGGCGCUGAAAAUUAAGGAGAUCACAUACAUGCACUCGGAGGGCAUCCUGGCUGGGGAGCUAAAGCACGGUCCUCUGGCACUUAUAGACACGCAGAUGCCAGUCAUCAUGGUGAUCAUGAGGGAUGCCUGCUAUGUUAAGUGCCAGAACGCUCUGCAGCAAGUCACUGCCAGAUCGGGUCGGCCCAUCAUCAUUUGUUGCGAGGACGACUCUGAGAUGACUAAGAAUGCCUACCAGACCAUCGAGCUGCCACAUACUGUGGACUGUCUGCAGGGCAUCCUCAGUGUCAUCCCCCUACAGCUGCUGUCGUUCCACUUGGCCGUCCUGCGAGGAUAUGACGUUGACUGUCCUAGAAACUUGGCCAAGUCUGUGACAGUGGAAUAAUUACAGUUCACAAAGUCCAGGAGAGCAGAGACGAGCCUUUAGGAGAUUUAGAGUGCAAUUGUGCAAUCAAACAUUCAAUGUGUUUGUGUGUGACUGUGUGUGUGGGUUGGUGUGUGUGUUUGUGUGCGUGUGUGUGGUUGAGCAUGUGACUGACAAUGAAAGUGACACAUGGAAGAGGGAGGUAUAGGAUACAAUGAACUUUUAAAGAAGAGAAAUGUGAAAUCCGACCAAUACACUGCUGAGGAAUGGCCAGUGCCAUUGAGGCCUUGCAGAACAAUCUAUGAAAACAACAUUCACACAGCCAAAGUAAGCCGCUGUGCCUUUAUCGAAUUCUGAGUUGAGCCAACAAAAAGAAAAAAAAACCUGCAACAGGCUUAGCAGAAAAGCAUUGAAAUGGUACGUUGAAGUGUUUACAGUUGUGCAAUAAGGGGACCAAACGUGCAUUAUGAAUGUACACAUCAGUAGGUGAUUAUUUCUCUUCCUAUUUUAUGAAUUUUUAUGUCCAUCGGGGGCUUCUACCUCUCUGUUGCAUUAUGGAGAAUGUAGGAACUACAGUUGUUUGCAGAGAAUUCUGAAGGAGUUAUGAAGAAAUCUUAUUUUAAAUGUUCCAUUGGAAAGUCAAUGCAAUCACUGUGCCUGGUGGACCAGCAACCCAUAACUUUAUUUUUUUAUUGUUAUUUCAUUUUAAUUUAAAGUAUAUUUCCUGUCUAUUCUGUUUAACAGAAUUGCAUUUUCCAAAGCCAGUUCAUGGUAACACAUGGACCUUUUUUCACAAACUUUCUACACUUAUUCUUGUAAUAGGGCGGAGCAUUGUAAUUAUUUAAAGAGAACUCAUACAGCAAAAAAGUAAUAAUGCAUCGUGACUUUUAAUAAUACUUUGUUUUGUCAGUUAUUUGUAUGGGUUUAUGAUAAUGAUAAUAUUCUGUAUUUAACUGAUUAUUUUUAUUUUAUAGGGGUUGAAGAGAUAGUUUGAUUUAUAGCUUUUACUGUGAUUGUAUUUUAUACUGUAUAUUUUAUAGACAUAAAUAGGCACUAUCAAUCAAUAAAUAUAUAAAGUUUUCUGUUCAAAGUG